AUGUCUACCAGUUCCCCUACGUUGGGUUUUGGUGCCGGGGAACGGGCUGCGGCCAACCUCCAAGCCCGUAGCCAAGUCAUCGCCAAUAUCGAAAACAUUUAUAGGAACGUCGAACUUUACCAUUCCGCGAAUAUACACCCUACCUCCUACGUAUUUCUUGGCAUCGAUUGUCAACCUCUUGAGCUAGAUGAGGAUGGAAAACACCUUGAGACCCCAGCUUCCGAUCCCUCCAGUCCGAUUUUCUUUGAACCACAGGGUGCUGCAUGGGUUCCCGAUGUUUGUGAAACCGACCCUAAAGUCACGGCAGACCUGAGGGAAAUCACUGAUGGAUGGGAGAACGCCAAAAAUGAUCCUUUAGUUCGGAGCCUUCAUUCCCAGGUCUGGUUUGUCUUUUUGGGCCUGGAGCGGAUGUUCUUCCAGUUCCGCCGAGAGUUCGACCAGGGACAUGGUGAAUCCCCCCCAAAUCUUAGGGAUUGUCAAAAUGGUAGCACUAUUGUGCCAUCGGUUAUCGCCGAUAGAUUCUACCCAUCUAUUUGGGGAUCGAUGCUAUGCUCGCCGGCCGCUGCCUUUGUGCCGAAGGAGUUGCUAUAUCCUGAAGGAAGACCCCCACACACUCUAAUCCUCACCUUGAUUGAACAAGAACCUAGCGAAACGCUGACCCGGGCAGAGGUGAUGAUCCUUGCCGCAACUAUGAUCACACGACUAGAAGGCGAGGAUUGCUUAGAGUACAACACUAUUCCAGUUAUGGCUAUCACGAUCUUCGGGCAAAUGAAGGCCCGAGUAAUCGAAGCCCAUUGCACCGCGCAAGUUCUAGUCAUCAAGAAGACCGACCUUCUUGACUUUUCGACUAACAAAGUCGCAAACAAGAAUAUGGACAUUCUGCUUGGAUUUAUGUGUGCCGACCUCGUUGAAAAUGCUAGAGAGCCCACAGUUCCCACGGAGACCCUAAAAGAGCUCACGAAAAGCCGACAAAGUGAAGACGGCGAGGGGCGGAACCUUGCGGACGAUGAUCCAGAAGAUGAAAAUGAGCCCUCGAGUCGACCCAGAGGCUGA